GUGUACUUAUUCAUAAUUAAUGGUAUUUUGAGUCAGUGUGGAAAACUUUAGAGUGCCAAAUGGCUCAGUUUGCUGCCCGUGAAAGCGGAGAGAGUGUAUUUUUAUCCGACUGGUUACUUUUUUUAAAUGUUUAAACUGAGUUAUUCAACGUUCAUAGAAGAAUUUAGCAUCGUCUGAAAAUUCUUACGGUAUUUUUUCCCAGCGAAACAGUGUUAUUACGUCAUUUUAAAAUGGAUCUCUCGGUUUUUAGUGUUAUCAAAUCAUGACUCGAGCUUAUCAAACGUUUCGGUACCGGUUUCAAAGCGGGAUAACGAAUACUUUCUGUCGGCAAGUUUUAAAAGUGCUCAGUUUAGUAAAGAUGUGAUAAUUUCACGUUCCAACACAUUUUUCUGGAAAGCUUCUUUCACUACUCGGCGGACACCUGCGGUUGAAAGUUAUUGAAUUGAUUCAUUACUCUAGUGUGCUCGCAUACUACUUGGGAAAAUGAAAAAUCUACAGUUCCAGGUCGGAACUUUGGUGUUGCGAACAGCCUGCUUGUGCUUGGCUGCUAGCGCUGUCACAGCCGAAAAUGAGCGUCCUAUCAUCGGAGUUAUCGCCCAAGAGACGACAGAAGCCAUGGAAUCCACCUUCCCUGCCUACGGCUCCUUCAUCGUUGCAUCCUACGUCAAAGCCAUCGAAAGUUCCGGGGCUAGAGUCGUGCCAAUUCUGAUUGGGCAAACCGACGAAUAUUAUGAGGAGAUGUUCCAAGCCAUAAACGGCUUAGUUAUUCCUGGAGGGGCAGCAGAAUUCAACGGGACAAAUAACUACUACUCUACUAGUAGGAAAAUGUACCAACUAGCUCUGAGGGCAAAUAUGGAUGGUGACUACUUCCCAAUCCUUGGCGUCUGUCUUGGUUACGAAGUGAUCUUGACAUUUGCAAAUAAUGAAAGAAGAAUCCGAAAAGAAUGUCAAGUAAAAAAUGUCAAUUUGCCUCUUGAGUUCGUGCCCGGCUUUCAAAACAGUUCUCUCUAUCGGGAUGCAUCAGAUGAGGUUAUCAAAACGCUGCACACCAAAAAUGUCACGGUCAACUGGCAUAAGUGGUGCGUAUACCCGGCCGAUUUAAUGCAAGCAGGACUUUAUGAUUGGCGGAUUUUGAGCGUCAGCACCUUCGCAACCAAUUUGUCCUCGAAUCCUUUCAUCUCAUCUAUUGAGCACACGCAGCUUCCUUUCGCUGGUAUCCAGUUCCACCCGGAAAAAGUCAGCUUCGAAUGGAGUAUUAAGAAAAACUACCCACAUUCUUCAGAGGCCAUUCAGGCAAGUAGGCACUUCUAUGACUGGAUAGUGAAGGAAGCCAGGAAAAGCGAUCAUUAUUUCUCCAACUCAUCACUCGAAUACGACUCGCUCAUCUACAACUACAACCCAACUUACACGGAUAAGUCCAGACCUCCUUACACGCAGAUGUAUCUUUUCGAGAAACCAGAGGACCCUUCUCGAGCACCAACGUGGAGACGAUGAAAAAAAAAAUUAAAAAAUCCACGUUAAAUUAGAUCAGCAGAGUAUUCCACUCCUCGAUCGGUAUAUUUCGAGUAGCAUCCAUGUUUUAAACUAAAAGUGAUCUCGAGGAAAUUUUACAAAGCUCGAUUCAUUGGCAUUGAAAAAGAGCUCUUAAGUGAAAAAUCGAAGGUGUCAAUUCUACCGUGCGAGGGAAGAACGCCUUACGAACAUCCGAUAGUUGCCAAAUUUACUUCGAUAAAAUGUUUAUUUUUUAGGAAAGUUAUGAAUAUUUUUCCUUUAAAUUUUCAGAAUCUUAAGGUGAAAUAGCGAACAAAAUUAUCUGAAAAUUUGGAGGAAAAAUAUUCAAAAGUUUACCAAGAAAUUUGCGUUUUAUCAAAGGAAGUUUGGCAAUUCUUGAAGGCUCAUACGGCGUUUUUUCUUAGCACGGCAGAAUUAGCGAGAAGCUCCAAAAUCAGUGAGAAGAAGCCGUGCAAUCUGAAAAGCUGGACUCCAUGAUGGGUUGCAUUUGGAAAAUCCAAAAAAAGCCUGAAGAUCGAAAAUGUUGUUGACUUCUAGAAAGAAAGCACCACACCGAAAAUUAUAUUAUACAAGAAACGAAAGAAGUAAUUUAUGGUAACGCGCUUCAGACGUGAAUCAAGAGAAAAGGCCCACAAAAUGAGCAGGGUUAUGAACCCUGAUUUAUUACGUCACUUUGAGAUGACGUGCUCCAAUAAUCUGAGAAACCAUCGAGAGGAAAUGCUCAUCCUGCAUUGAUAUGAAAUAAGAAUUUGAGAAAAAAUUUGAAAAUGAUAAAAAAGCUGAGACUUGAAAGAGUGAGACAUGAAUGAGCAGGACUGUAAUAUAUGUAAAUAGGAAAGGUAUGUGAGUAAUAAAGCUUGACUUUUUCUUUAGGUUUUUGAUGGAA